CUUCCUUCCGUGCCGCACCCGUGCAUAAAACAAAUCAGAAAAAGGGGAAAGCGGGUCGGAAGGGGAGAAAGGUAAACGCCGCGCACCGCAAUCGGAACGGAAAUCCCCCGCGCCGCACGCCGAAUCCGUCGCCGGAAUCCAUCGACCGAUCCGGCCGGCCAGCCGGCGAGAGCAGGGGCGCGGAGAUGGUGAGCGCCUUCUUCCUCUUCUGCGGGUGCGUGGAGCAGGCGAACGUGGCGGUGGUCGAGAAGUGGGGCCGCUUCCUCCGCCUCGCCGAGCCGGGCCUCCACUUCUUCAACCCCUUCGCCGGCGAGCUCGUCGCCGGGACCCUCUCCACCCGCGUCCAGUCGCUCGACGUCAAGGUCGAGACCAAGACCAAGGAUAAUGUGUUUGUUCAGCUGAUCUGUACAAUUCAAUACCGGGUUGUUAAGGAGAAUGCAGAUGAUGCGUUCUACGAGUUGCAGAAUCCCCAACAGCAAAUUCAGUCCUACGUCUUUGAUGUGGUUCGAGCCAUAGUUCCAAGAAUGGAGCUGGACAGUCUUUUUGAGCAAAAGAAUGAUGUUGCAAAGGCUGUACUUGAGGAGCUUGAAAAGGUGAUGUCAGAUUACGGUUACAGCAUUGAGCACAUUCUCAUGGUUGACAUCAUCCCUGAUGCUGCUGUCCGCAGAGCAAUGAACGACAUAAAUGCAGCCCAACGGCUCCAGCUUGCGAGUGUCUACAAAGGAGAAGCAGAGAAGAUCCAUCUGGUGAAGAAGGCGGAAGGGGAGGCCGAGGCUAAGUACCUGUCAGGCGUCGGCAUCGCCAAGCAGCGGCAGGCUAUCACGGACGGCCUGCGGGAGAACAUCCUCAACUUCUCGCACUCGGUGUCGGGCACGAGCGCCAAGGAGGUGAUGGACCUGAUCAUGGUCACCCAGUACUUUGACACCAUCAAGGAGCUCGGGGACAACUCGAAGACCACCACGGUGUUCAUCCCCCACGGCCCGGGCCACGUCAAGGACAUCGGCGACCAGAUCCGCACAGGCAUGAUGGAAGCGUCGAGCAGCGGCCUGUAAGCCAUGGCCGUCUGUCCGCCAUGUGAUGAUGGUUUGGCUGGAUGGGUUUUCUGCGUGAGGCUGGGAGAGUCGAUCUGUUUAUAUAUAUUGUUAGAAUUAUAGUAGACUACGUACUUAUUUAUUUGUUUUUAGUGUGUAAUAAUACAGGCGCAGGGACUUGGUUGUGCAUGAAGAUUGUAGAGUUCUGGUAUUAUAUAAUCAUAAAAUGGGAAACAUUUUGUGUUAGAUUUUA